CGUCAGUUCUUCCGAAUUAUCCAAUCGAUUACGUUCGAAAGAAAUGGUCUCAAUUCGAUGAUACCCCUGCCACAACCCCAUCCAUCCAUCUUUCUUGGACCAUGAUGAGAAUGCAGGUGGAAGGCGGAUCCUAACCAGAGAUAUCAUAGGUAUCAAUAUCAUUAUUGAGAAUUCAAUACUACAGUACCAUCAUGUCAUCCUUUCAAACCUCUUUUGAAGUUCGUGUGGCCAAGGACACGUUCAAAUUCAACGCCGCACAUUUUGUAGCCUUUAAAAACUUUCGAGAACGACUCCAUGGACACAAUUAUCAAGUGGCUGUCAAAUUACUGGGUUCUCGCAAAAUUGGUCACGAUGGCUACGUUGUAGACUUUGGAGAUAUCAAGGCUGUCACCAAAAAAGUCUGUAAAUCUCUGAAUGAACAUUUCUUGUGUCCCAUGCUUUCCGAUGUUAUUACAAUUUCGGUAAUAGACAACAACAGCAAUAACAACCCAGAGUUGGGCGAUGGAGCCAUUGUCAAAUUGGUUUGCGAAGAUGGGGCCGUCUUUGUGUUUCCCAAACAGGAUUGUCUCUUGCUGCCACUGGUUCAUGCCACGGCAGAAGAAUUGGCCAUUUACUUGUGGGGCAAAAUCCUACAGGGCUUGGAUGCCACAUUUUUACGGAAACGUGGUAUUCAUACCAUGGAAGUUACAGUGGCCGAGGCCGUAGGCCAAGAGGCACUGUUUCGACACGAAAUUCCAAGCACCAACAACAUGGACGAAAUCGCAUUGGAUGUCCGAACAUUUAUUGAUAGUGGAGAAAUCACCCCCACACCUUGCUUCCCUGUCGAUGGUAAGAAAAGUUGCGAUGGUUCCUGCGAGGCCUCCCAGAAACUAUUUUCGGCCAAGUUGCAACAGCUAGCAGACUCGUUGAAUAGCGGAAAACUACAAGAUAAACUGCCAACAGGGGGUAUCACUGGCGAAGAUCUGCAAAAGCUCAUAGAAUAACCGGGAGAUGUAAUGCUGAUGUUGCCUCUCUCGGCACAGCUCAGAGGAUGGAAGGAAUGCGUAGUUCUUUCUUUUAGUAAUGCAUGCAUGCAAUUGAAAACAUUUACAGUAUGGAUUUUAGAUUCUUCGGCAAUACGAUGGUUUUGUUGUAUAGCUCACAAUUGCCGCCAAAUAGAACAGAUUGGCCAGUGUUUUUUUGCCCCAUGGGUUGUUGCGUGAUCAGCACUGUUUCAAAAGGCUGCUCCGCUAGACUACUGGUUUGAUAAUAAUCAUGAAGAGGCCACUGGCACAAUGAUCAAGAGCCCACCCUGCGAUUUACUCAGCCUUCUUUUUGGGUGCAGCUGCUGCUGGCGCCUUCUUGGAUGCCAAUGAGUAGGCAAAAGUUCCACAGAUGGCAAUGGCAGAGCCAAUGACAGUGUUGCGCUCCAUGGCUUCUUGGAAGACCACAGCAGAGACAACAAUGAUGAUAACACGCUUGGCUGUGUUCAAAACAGAAGAAGUAACUGCUCCAACACUGGCUGUAAAGGCAAAAGCAAACUCAUUGUAAAAGUAGAAGCAGAUUCCUGACAAAACAAUAUUCUUGAUAAUGGCAUCAGCUCCAUGUUCUGCGGCAGCCUCUUCCCAGACCUUUGGCAAAGUGGACAUCUCAUUAAUUACCACAAGAGGAACAGAGCAUGCAAAUGAAAUAAUGUUCAUCACGGCAUAAACAUUGGCAGCAUCCAUGUUCUUUGUAGCAUCGGCCUUGAGACUCUUUGUGACAGAGCUUCCCAAUUUUCCCUUCAAAGCAGCAGCAAUAUUGGCCAUGGAAGCAUACAAGAAAGCUUCAACAUUGAUAUCCACUCCCUUUCCUUCCUUAACACAAGCCAAACCAACUCCUCCAACAAUG